AUGUCCUCCGAAUAUGGAUCGUCUGACAUUGACUGGACGGAAACACGUCCUGACAAGGCUCUUGUCGUCAAGUGCUCCUACGAGGGUUUAAACAAGAGGAUCACCUUUAAUUCUGCACGUACAUGUUCUUACGAUUUUCUCCGCCAAAGAGUUGAAGAAUGUUUCUCGCUGUCCGCUACGUCGUACGCGAUCACAUAUACGGACGACGACGGCGAAGUCACAGACAUCUCUACCGAGUCCGAUCUCACGGAAGCUAUCCGAUACUUUCAUCCUGCAAACGAGGAGCCCAUCUCGUCAGCAGCUUCCAUCCUAUCUGGUCGCAGCUUCAACAAAGGAAAGAUUACCGUGCGCGUCCGGAUCACAGUCGAGUACGACGGGCCGAGUCUGUCGGACACGUCUUCGCUAGUCAGCCUAGACGAGUACAGGAACCGUAACGGUAGCGAUUUCUCGCUCUCGUUCACAUCUCCUCCACCCGCAGAAAUUGACGAUGACUCCGUCACUAUCAGCUCGAAAGAUCUGGGAUCCAAGUAUGAACUUUACCGUGCUCGCGGUGCAAAGACGAUCGUAUCUGCGCCCAGCCAGGAGCCGUUGAUCGCGCGCCCAGCGAGGCCCCCAGACGACUGGGAAGCCAGCUCGGUGCCCAGUAUUGCGCCGACGCUGGACCUGGGCGAUGUGCAGUCCGCCCGGUCCUCGCUCGCAAAUCCGUUCCUGGACGACGACUCUCCCCCAGAAGACUCCGGGCACCGUGACGACCCGUCGUCGGUCUUCCAGCGGCUGAAGCUUGAGGAUACCCGGCAGGCGAGCUCGAGCCACAGUUCAUCCACGUUGCACAGCGAGCGUGGCGCGGCGUGGUUGCGCGACCAAAACGCCCGGGCGGUGAAGGCGAUGUUGGGAGACGUGCCCUCGCGCCCUUUGUCAUACAGUGGUGCGGACUCGGCAGACAUGCUCGACGAUGCGAGCUCUGCGAUGGGCGGUGAGCUUGCGCUGCAGCAGGACUCGAGCGGGAAGUACUAUUUUGCGUACACUGCGGGCUCGUCAGCGGGCUCGCAGAGUGCACACGACUCGGGGUACGACGACCGCUCGAGCGUGUAUGAUGACCUCGGCACGAGCGUCGCGGGCUCGGACGAGGUGGUGCAGAGCCGCCCGGUGUCGAUGGAGGUGAACGUGUUUGACCUGCAGGGCGCUGCAUCCGGCGAAACCAGUGACUUGCACCGAUGUGCGUCCUCCGCAUCUACGUCGUCUUCGUCUUCGUCUUCCUCCGUAUCCAACCCCUUUACCCGUCGCUCAAACUCCGAGCCCACGUUUACGCAGGACUUUGUGCACCCGGACGUUCCGCACGACGUACUGCCGUACAUUACGACUGUCCCGCCCGUUCCCCCGCAGGAUCCGCCGAGCUGUUCCGAGUGCGGGGUGAUCCUCGACGCGAUCCGCUACGUCUGCUCUAAGUGUGGGGAGAAGAAGCCGCCCGGCGCACAGGAGAACGGAGGGAAGGGCAAGGACCGCGAGGUGUACGUCGAGCGCAGCCAUAAUCACAGCUCGCACGCGCACUCGCCGUCGCUGUCACCGCUGCAGCGCGCGACAUCACCUUCGCUCUCCUCCUGGUCUGUCGUCACAGGCUCCGACAUCCCACUCCGACCACUUGGUGACAACGCGCCGUGGAAACCGCUUCCCGCGAUCCCGAGCCCCAAGUACCUCGCAGUGACGCCGGAGUCUAUGCCCAGCACACCCAAGGAAACGGGCUACGAGCUGUGCUGGGGAUGCAUUGAGUCUGCGGGAGUUACGCAUGCGCUUGAGAUGAGCGUCGCCCCGGGGUCGUCGCCUGGCUCCGGCGACUGGCCAUCCUCACCCGAGGACGCGCAGCGUGCGUUGUCGCAGUGGCGUAGGUCGGCGCCGAGCCAGAAGGGCCAGUUGAGGCAUGCAUUCAUCGAGAAGAGCUGGGGGCAUAAGGGAUGGCAGGACGUCGAGCAAGACGAACAUCGGUCCUGCACAUGUUCGGGGUGCAGCACCGUCAUUGUGAACCAUAGGUUCAAGUGCGCGUCAUGCAAGAACUUCAACUUGUGUCGAGCGUGCUACAGUCAAGUACAUGAGAUCCAUCCUUCGCACGCCUUCCUUGUCGUUCCAGACAAAGCUGUGAGGGCACGGUCCGUGCCUGUCAUCAGUAUCACCCCCUCAUUACCGACGUGCGAGCUGUCAAUGACACAUCCCGGAGUGAAAUGCGUGCAUUGCAUGCAAGAUAUUGUUGGUGCAAGGUUCCAUUGUGCAAUAUGCGAAGCAAUAGACAUAUGCUCGAACUGCGAGUCGGCCGGUCUUCCUGGCAAUCUCGAUUCAUCGGACGGGGGCCAUAACUCCUCACACAUCAUGAUUAAGAUCCCGUACCCCCUUGGUACCGCCGAACUCCAAUCCGCCAGUAGGACUGCGAAGAGCCUCUGGACUGGACGUGAUGCUGCCACCGGCCAGCGCGUGACAUCGCGGGAGCGGCGCAACUCGCUGAUUUCCUCAUAUGAUGGUACAGUGCUCGGCUCGUCCACCCGUAUAGGCAUAACGUCAGCGCUGGACGACGUCUCUGUGACGAGCGAGACGGAUGAUCACGGGAUACGAUGUAAUGGGUGUAACCAGAAUAUCGUUGGUAAUCGAUAUCAGUGCGCAGAAUGCCCAUCUAUCCCACGACCAUAUAAUCUUUGCUCGCUCUGCGAGGAACGCUCCUACAUUGUACACGACCCAAUGCAUAUCUUCUUCAAAUUCCCUCGACCCGUUGAUCGCCCCCUACAGUCGGAAUAUCCUUUCAUCCCAAGGCUAUACAAAGCACCAGUAGGAUCGCUGUCCCCGUUUAACCGUGAUGAUCCAAAAGCAUACUUGAAGGACCUGUUUCAUAACAGUCUGCUGUGCGAUUGUUGCAUGAUGAAAAUACAGGGCGCGUGGUACCGCUGCGCAUAUUGUGGGCGGGACCUGUGCGAAGUGUGCCAGGAGAUAGACACGCACGACAAUGCGCACGCUUUCGUCGUCUUCAAGUCGUCGGUUGACAUGCAUAUGUUCAAGCGUUUCGCUGAACUGGGCAACGACCCCAACGGCCCUAGUCCCCCAAUUAUUCCUUAUCCCAUCUAUCACCCGUAA